AUGAUGCAGUUGCUCAGAAUUCCGCUUUUUUUGCUUUUCGGUAUAUUUUGCAAAACCUAUCAUCUUGCUCGUUGAUGAGCUUCUUAAGCGUUUAUUUUGAAUUUGAGUGGGAGCAGGGCUGUGUGUUCUGAUGGUCGUGGCGCAGAACUUAUAAUCAAAUGCCCGAUUAGAUCUGUUGCUACGGGGCAUGUUGAAUGACAUUGACAGUACUAGGGUGACCACGCUCAGGCUGCUUCUCCCAAACACAUGAGCCACUCACCUUUCACCCUCUCUGCCUCGUGCCCCAACCCUUGUCGACACCCAAGGCAAUGAAAUGGCCUUCAAAAGCAAAAGCGUCAAGCGUUUCAGCGUUCGCGGUUUCCUCGCAGCGAUCCUGCACCCAUUCAUGACAUCCCCAACCGACGCCCCUGGGGUGUUCACCUUGGGCGAUAGCUACAACAACGUAGGAGAUUGGCACACGCUGCUCUUGAACAACGAGCUUUCUUCGCAGUGCGAGCUCGAACGCUUGGUCUGCUGCAAAUGCACCACCAGCGUCGAACAUGAAUUCUUGCUCCUCCAUUUCCGCCAUCCGACGCAACACCACGCUGUCGCUAUCCUAGUGUUGGACAGGACAUUUCGUCCGGAUUCUACAGAGAAUAAUAAUCGCAAUGGCUCGUCGAGAUCGGUUGGCAUUGGCCAAUCAACCGUAGUCUCCCCCUCCGUAUCUGCAACCCCCGCCCACGAUUCCAUCUUCACCACCCCCAACAACGGCUCUGCAAUCGAAUCAUACCUCACUAACCGAUAUGGCCAGCACAAGUACCUUUGUCACCUCGACUUUUCCGCUCCUGCUCGUCCUUCGGCGAUGCAAGUAUCCGUGCUGUUGUGCGUGCUCCGCAAGCAUUCUCCAACUUAUCAUCUGUGGCAAUACCAGUGUUACUGGUAUGCCUACACUGUUUGGGAGGCGCUCAAGACGCUUUUUCCUGGGUGCCGGGAGACAACGCUGAGCGAGGGGCGCUCUCGCUUUUGUGGGCAGGAGGUUAGGAAGGCGGAGAGUGUUGAGGCAGUAUGUGAGCUGUAUCGCGCCGAGUGGGCGCGUUUUGAGAAUGCGACGGAGGAGAGGAGGAGGGCGAAGGAGGAGGAGGUGCACCGGUUGAGGAUGGAAGGUUUGGUGGAGGGACGGGCUCAACGUCAAGCAGAGGUUGACGAAGAGAGGAGGCAACGAGAGGAAGCGGAGAGGAAAGUAAACGAGGCAGAGAGGAGAGCAGACGAAGAGAGGAGGCAAAGGGAGGAAGCGGAGAGGGAGUAUGAGGCUGAACUGAACCGAAUGCGAGCAAGAAUGGCCGAGCUCGAGCGCCGUGCAGUGUGAUACUGGUGUAACAAUUGCUCUCAUUUCCUCGUCAUCGACAUCCUCCUCACUAAUAGAUCCAGUUGCAAUGUACA